UUAUCCAUGGACUAAGAUCUUAGUUCAUGGUAUUAUCAAAAUAUGAAUAAUGAAUAUUUAAUGUUUAUUAUCUAUCAAUCUGUAGUGUGUGGACCGCAAUUUAUUAUUUAAUAUUUCACAUUAUUGUCAAGUACAUUGUAACUACUAAUUUGUAAGUGUUGACACAGUGUUUAAUCUCUAUUAUAUGGUUGAUACUUUCGAGUAGUGCUACUGUGCUAGUGAGUGCUGCUUAUGCUUUAUCGUGGGUUCUUCCGUGACUGUCUUAACAUACUUAUAACAACAAUAAAAUGGUGACUUCUAUUACUUCAGAAACAGAAUUUGACGCCUUAAAAUCAAAUGGGUUGUCUGUCAUUCAUUUCUAUGCCGAUUGGUCAGAGCCAUGCCAGCACAUGAACAACAUUCUUGCGGAUUUAGUUUUAGAAGACGAAUUCCGGAACAUUAAAAUUGCAAAGUGUUUAGCUGAGGAUUUUGCUGAAAUAUCUUUGAAAUAUAAUGUAUCUGCUGUACCAAAAUUUAUAUUGUUUCGUAACGGUGUUCAAAUUGAUGUAUUAGAUGGUGCUGAUCCAAUACAGCUAAAUAAAAAAAUCCAAGCACUGCUAACUAAAGGUGACAAAACAGAUCAAAAGGGGGAAGACAUAAAUUUGAGACUGAAGUCAUUGGUAAAUUCUGCUCCCGUCUUGCUUUUUAUGAAAGGAUCAAAGUCUGAGCCAAAAUGUAAGUUCAGUACAGCAAUUGUAAAUUUACUUAAAGAAAUUGGUGCCGAAUUUAGUACAUUUGAUAUACUGAAAGAUCAAGUUGUUCGAGAAAAAUUAAAAACAUAUUCCAAUUGGCCGACAUAUCCACAGCUUUAUAUCAAUGGUGAAUUAAUUGGAGGAUUAGAUAUUGUAAAGGAAUUGAUAGAGAAUGGUGAGCUAAAUGAUCUAUUAAAACUUGAUAACAGUAAAGCUAACCUCAAUGACAGGCUUAAAUCACUUACACAUAAAUCUGAUGUUAUGGCAUUUAUUAAAGGCAACAAACAAGUUGCUCGCUGUGGAUUUAGCAAUCAGUUGAUCCAAAUAUUAAACCAAACAGGUAUUGAUUAUGAAACAUUUGACAUUUUGUCUGAUGAAGAAGUUCGACAAGGAUUAAAAGUUUAUUCUGAUUGGCCAACAUACCCACAAGUUUACGUAAAAGGAUCAUUGAUUGGAGGUUUGGAUAUAAUUAAAGAAUUGAAAGAAGGUGGAGAGUUAAUUGCUACUCUUAAGGGAGAAGUAUAGAAAAACAAAAAAUAGUUUGGUUACUUUUUUUUUCAAUUGAUUAUUUGAUUGAUGUAGUUUAAUUUAAUUUGGCAUAGAAAUAUCAAAAUGAACAGGACUGCAGCUAUAAGGAAAAUAUUGUAAUAGUAUUUCAAAUAUUUACAAAAUUAUAUGAUGUGUAUUUACUAUUAAUAAAGUUAUUUAAUGCCAAA